AUGACGUCGGUCUCUUAUCCUCCAAGCAGACCCGGCAGCACCAAAUCACCAUUCGGAGGAUCGUCGUCCGGCGGCUUUGGAGGUCACUCCGACGAGGUUUAUAACGGUCUCGGUCUCGAUGGAGCUGGUGGCGGUGGGAAGCGGUCGAAGCGCAUCCUGAAGACUCAACCUCUCGAAAUGACGACCCUCUCGACCAAGCGGAAGGGCACCAAUCCCUUUGACGGCGCGAGCUCAGACGACAAUCGCCGACGAAAAAAUACGAAAUCAAAUGGCCAGGGCGACUGGAAGAAGAAGGGCGCGCAGACUUCAGUCGCGCGGUCGAAUGGCGCGAAAAGAGGCGCGAAAGGCUUCGGUACAUCACAGUCGCGCCGUGGUUUUGGCUCUCAAAACACUGAUAAUCAUCAAGGAACAGAAUCUCCCGAAUACGAAACAGACGAUGCGAACGGCGACGCGGCUGGCGACGGGACGCCUUACUCCGAUAAAAUACUUGCUCAGCUGAGGAAAGAAGGAAUCGCGCCGCCAAAAUGGCCUUCCGAUCCGGGAAACACGAAGCAAAAGGCCGCGAUGGCCAAAUUCAGGGAAGAUUACAAAACCUACCGCGAUCGUGCCAGGACGUCAUUGAUGCGCGCUGGUCUGAUCGACGAUCCCGACAAGCCAAAGAGACUGGAAGACGCGAUUGACUUCAAAGGCAUCUGCGAUGGCAUGUGCCCCGACUUCGAGAAAAUCACGCGUAUUACCGAGUUCGAUGUACAAUCAGCCGAAAAAGAUUCCCGGACGUUCGCCAUCACGUCGAAGAUGGUGAAGAAGCUCGCUCGCUCUGCAGCUGGACAGGAAGCCCCCCUACCGAUGGAUGUCAGAUCUACAGCGGCACUCAGAAAAACACUCGACUACCUGAUUGACGAGCUGCUACAAACCGACGAAAAUCUUCCCACGAUGCACGGCUUUCUCUGGGACAGAACGCGUGCGAUUCGACGCGACUUCAUCUUCCACUCGACGAUGGCCCCCGAAGAAAUGAAGGAUCAGGUCUACUGCCUCGAAACAAUCGCCAGAUUCCACGUCAUUUCCCUUCACUUGCUCUCGCAGGAAGGUCUCACCCCAGAGGACUUUUCUGAACAACAGGAGAUCGAGCAACUGGGCAAGUCGCUGCUGUCGUUGAUGUUCGCCUACGACGACUGCAAGCCCCACGGCGUCAUCUGCGAAAACGAGGCCGAGUUCCGAGCUUACCACCUGCUUUUCAGUGCCAACAAGCCCAACAUUCUUGACGAUGUACAGAAGGAGUGGGGGGAUUCCCGGUUCUGGACCGAAUCAGACGAGAUCAGGACGGCGGUGUCCCUCGUGGAGAGCUUACAGAAUACUGAUGACUUCCAUGGCCCGUUAGCCCAAAACUCCAGCGCGGCAACGUUGUCCAAUGCCGAGCAACCUAAGUCAACUCCUGCACAAACCCCUUUCAACGGCCUUGCAACCGCACCAACACAACCGCCUGUCAAACCUCCUAGUUCUGGUCUGCCGUCGACCCAAUCUCCGUUGCCAUCAUUCAACUUCCAAGCAAACAAUGUGCCACCAACGAACCCGGCACCCUCAACUCAACCUUUCCCGGCACCUGCCACUACCACAACUCCAGCAACGGGGUUGGGCUUCACUCCCGCUCCGCCUCCAAAGCCUCCUGUCGCCGAGAGGCGCCCACCACAAGAUGUGAUGGGCGACUUCGCGAAGUGGUUUGUGACUGGCGACAACGGAUUGAUUCACGAGUUCGAGAAAUACAUCGUCGAACAGAUCGUUUCCGACGCAUUUGAACAAUACCACCGGGAAGAAGAAGAAAGGAAACGAAAGGAAGAGGAGGAGAAGGCUCUUGCAGAAGCCCGAGCGUUCCAAGUUCACAACCUCUCUCUGAAAUAUUUCUAUCGGUGGAGGACAAUUGCCAGAAAUCUCCGUUUGAGCAAGAUCCGUCGACAGCAACGAGAAGAGUUUAGGAUCGCACAGGCGGAGAUGCGGGAGGAGGAAAUCAAACGAAAGAAAAAGGCAGCACGGGUUGCCGAAGCGCGACGGAGAGCCCUUGAGGAGCACGGUGUCGACCCGGUCGAGGAGUUGCGAGAGAUUUUGCAACUUAAGAAGGGCGACGAGCCACAGGAAGACCUGCAAGCCGAGGCCGAAGCCCUGUUCGCAACCGGCAUCUUGUCAGGCGUGACAAACGAGCGAGCGGCGAUCGCGAACGUCAUUCAAGCACCCUCUUUCGCUACGCCGCCGCCACCGUCGAGGUCAACGAACAGUCUUUCGCAGUCUGUGUCAGCCAAGCCGUGCGGUGCGAAAACGCGGGCUCUGCGAGAAGAAUUCAGCAGCAGCAGUCGGAGCUUCCGCAGGUCUUUGCCUCCCAUGUCGGCGCAUUCGUCGUCAUCACGAUUCACGCCGUCCGAAUCGCCACAGAAGCGCGUUAGUAAAGUGUCUGACCGUUGGCGACUGAAGGCCAUGGGUCUCGUGACGAUGCCGGACGGGUCCGCGCUGCCGGAAUCCAUCGCCAACGAGAUGCUUUAUAACGGAAAGCGCUACAGCGGUCUGGGUUCCUUCGGGCUGGACGGUACAGAGCGACGCAGUCGUAGCGUGUCUGCCGACCUCAACCAUGCGGCCGAGGCCCGCCAGCGUUUCUCCCAGUCGUUGAACGGCACUACCAGUACACAGGCCGCCAACGGGAUCUCUCCGCUUAGCAAGAGGAAACGGUCCCGUGACGACGACAAGGAAGCCACAACGGCAGAUGAGGCCGCCCGCGUCAAGAAGCGCCCGUCGAGCAAUGCUGAUGUCGAGAGGAUACUGCGAGAGGCGAGAGAGAACUUGGAAUCGCUGAGGAGUUCAAGGGUGGACCUGGACGAGGGGGCGGAGUGGUUCAGGGAACAGAACGAGAUGAUGCAGGCGGAGGAGAUGAGCAGGGCGAGCUCGCCGUGGGGAAAAGGACGGAACUGA